UCUUCCUCAAUUACAGUUUGGAAAAUUGGUCGCAUCUACGAAUACGACUACUCCGGCUUCAUUUCUACCGGUAUGAUGGGUAUCAGCCCCAUGAUCUCUGGUGGAUCCAUCUCUGGCCGCUUGGUCGUUGAGCCCGUAGAUCACAACGUCAUCAACGUUGCUUUGAGCGGCUUGACUGGCAAAAUGUUCAAUGAAGCUGUUUUGGAAGAGUUUGUUAAGGCUAACCCCGGAAGCGAUGUACCCUUGAUGGAUGAGCAGCACCUUGAGAAGCCCAUCCAAAUGAAGAUUGUCAACGGCAAGAUCGAAAGUGUUGCUAUCAGCAAGACCGAGCCUCUUUGGACCGCCAACUUCAAGCGCGGCUUGGCCUCUCAACUGCAAAUGCAGCGUAGUGGAGCUUCCGGUGUCUUCCACAAAGAAGAACUCAACUCUUAAUACGCCGAAAAUACCGUCUACUACACCAUGGAGGGUUGCACCAGUGGCGAAUGCCAAACUUGGUAC